AUGAACCCCCAAUGCGCCCGAUGCGGGAAGAUCGUUUACCCGACGGAGAAAGUCAACUGCCUGGACAAGAACUGGCACAAAAGCUGCUUCCACUGCGAAGUUUGCAAGAUGACCUUAAACAUGAAGAACUACAAAGGUUACGACAAGAAGCCCUACUGCAACGCACAUUACCCCAAGACGUCCUUCACCACGGUGACCGACACGCCGGAGAACUUGCGGCUGAGGCAGCAAAGCCAACUUCAGAGUCAAGUGAUCUACAAGAAAGACUUCGAGGAGAGCAAAGGUCGCGGCUUCAGCCCCGUUUCCGACACGCCCGAGAUGCGACGGCUCAGACGCACUCAGGAGCACAUCAGUAAUGCUAAGUACCAUGAAGACUUUGAGCGGACCCGCGGUCGCGGUUCUACGGACGAGGAGCGCUACCAGCGAGCCAAUCACAUGAUAGCGGACGUGGGACCCAACCAGAAGAUGGAGACCGACAGGCGGCCCGGAGGUAUCAUCGUAGAUAUGAAGUUGUGGAGAACUGAUCCGGGCUCCAUCUUUGACUUUGACCCUCUGGAAGAUGACGUCCAGUCCAAGAGCCUGCGCAGGAUGUCCGCCCCAGUGCUUCCCGGAGCGUACCACCAGGGGGCGCACGUGCAGCCUUCGUAUCACGGCUACAUGCAUCAAACCAGCAUGUCGUCCGUCCGAUCCGUCACUUCGCCGCCACAACCAUCAGCCAUGCGUGUUUACCGGGCGCUGUACGACUACGCGGCGCAAGACCACGACGAGGUCUCCUUCAGGGACGGCGACGUCAUUGUCAACGCGCAGCCCAUCGACGAGGGUUGGAUGUACGGCACGGUGCAGCGUACCGGAAAGUCCGGCAUGUUGCCCGCCAACUACGUAGAAUGGUGCAACUAG